AUGACUACUUUUGAUAAUCUAGAAUCCCCCAUUUAUGUUUUUCAAUUGCCCGCUAGAAUUGUUAAUGAGUUAGCGACUUUAUUGGAUCCUGGGGAUUGUUGGGAGACGAUAGCCUUUUUAAUGCCCGGAAUUCAGGAUAUCGACACCGAAGCAUGCAAAAAACUCGCUGUUACUAGUGAUGGCCAUCCAACAGAAACUUUGCUUAGAAUUUGGGGGUCAAAAGGUUAUCGAAUACUGGAUUUGUAUAAAAUAUUUUUUCGUGCUAAACUUAUUCGAUGUAUGCAGAUUCUGUUGCCUUUCGUUGAACCAAAAUUUCACAAAUAUGCCCAAGUAUGUGAUGAAGAACCUCAACAGCAACAACAAGCACCUUUUCCUUCAAUUGGAAGAAAUAAUUUAAUUAAUAAUAAUUUAAAUGAAUCAAAAAAGGCGUCAGUUGUAAAACAAGGAUCUUUUGGUGUCUAUUCUCGUAAAGUUUCGAGUGCUGAGAGUGCUCCACAAUCUUUGCCUGAACAACAACAUCACUCGUCUGCUAGUAAUGCAAUUUUAACUGGUCUACAAAGCACUUUAACUGUCCCCUAUUCUGAUAUAAUUAUUGCAACACAAAAUUGGGCAUCAGAACAAAUACUUGGAAAGGGCGGUUAUGGAGUUGUUUACAAAGGAAAUUGGAAGCAUACUGAAGUUGCUGUUAAACGAAUUCAAGGGAAGAAAAAUGGAAGAGGAGAAGAGUUUGAACAGCAUCAAAAAGAACGUUUACGCCAAAGCUUACAAGAAUUACGAACUCUAGCCAAAUUUAGACAUGACAACAUUUUAUCUUUAUAUGGGUAUUCUUUGGAUGGUCCAGAACCUUGUUUAAUAUAUCAAUUUAUGUCUAAUGGAUCUUUAGAGGAUAGAUUACUUUGUAGGAAUUCAACACCUCCACUUGACUGGCCUCUUCGUUUAUCAAUAUCAAAAGGUGUUAGUUGUGGCCUCCAUUUUCUUCACACAACGGGGACAAUGCCUAUAAUCCACGGAGACGUAAAAUCAGCAAAUAUAUUGUUAGAUAAACAUUUUGAACCAAAAUUGGGAGAUUUCGGUUUGAGCCGAGAUGGGCAAUUAGAAAAUUUUGAAGAUGGGAAAAAGCCAAUGAUAGCAUCACAUAUAAAGGGGACUUUAGCUUAUUUACCCCCAGAAUUUACUACAAGCCAAAUUUUGACAACAAAAUUGGAUGUUUAUAGUUUUGGGGUAGUUUUGUUAGAAAUGGCUAGUGGACAACGAGCUUUUUUGUCUAAUAGAGAACCUCAAGGAUUGGUCGAAUAUACUAAUAAAUAUUAUAGACUGGAUGGAGGUGUUAAAAUGGCUGAAAUUUUGAGUGAUAAAAGAAUUGUUAUAGGUGAUAAUCAACAAUAUAAACAAAUAUUUGAAUUAUUAAUAAUGCUAGGGAUUGCAUGUACAAAGAAUGAUCGUUUUUUGAGGCCAACAUUUUCCCAAGUUUUUGAUCAAUUAGAAACCUUAAAUAAAAAGUGA